GGUAGUGAUGGCGGCGCUCUGUGAGACUUUCCUGUCACUGGAUACUACUACUCCCAGCCUUUCUCAAAGCCGCCGGAGCAACCCCCAGGUCUUUAGUUUACAAGUGGCAAUUUGACUUGCUCUGCUGCAUGUCUGCAGGGACUGAGGAAAGUGUGGAGACGCCCCGGGGAUUGAGCAAUCGCAGUUUGAAAAGAAAAAAAGCCAAACAAAUAAACAAAACCCACCCACCGUAACAAACAUGAGGCUGCUGGAGAGAAUAAGGAAAGAAUGGUUCAUGGUCGGAAUAGUACUGGCGAUCGCCGCAGCUAAGCUGGAGCCGUCCAUAGGGGUGAAUGGGGGACCACUGAAGCCAGAAAUAACUGUAUCCUACAUUGCUGUUGCAACAAUAUUCUUUAACAGUGGACUAUCAUUAAAAACAGAGGAGCUGACCAGUGCUUUGGUACAUGUCAAACUGCAUCUGUUUAUUCAGGUCUUUACACUUGCAUUCUUCCCAGCAGCAAUAUGGCUUUUUCUUCAGCUUUUAUCAAUCACACCCAUCAAUGAAUGGCUUUUAAAAGGUUUACAGACAGUAGGUUGCAUGCCUCCUCCUGUGUCUUCGGCAGUGAUUUUAACCAAGGCAGUUGGUGGAAAUGAGGCAGCUGCAAUAUUUAAUUCAGCCUUUGGAAGUUUUUUGGGCAUCAUAGUAACACCCCUGCUACUGCUGCUUUUUCUUGGCUCAUCCUCUACUGUGCCUUUUACAUCUAUUUUUUCUCAGCUUUUUAUGACUGUCGUGGUUCCUCUCAUUAUUGGACAGACUGUCCGGAGGUACAUCAAGGAUUGGCUGGAAAGAAAGAAGCCUCCUUUCGGUGCCGUCAGCAGCAGUGUGCUCCUCAUGAUCAUCUACACAACCUUCUGUGACACCUUCUCUAACCCAAAUAUUGACCUGGACAAGUUCAGCCUUGUUGUCAUACUAUUCAUAAUAUUUUCUAUUCAGCUGAGUUUUAUGCUUUUAACCUUCAUCUUUUCAACAAGGAAUAAUUCGGGCUUCACACCAGCAGACACAGUGGCUAUCAUUUUCUGUUCCACACACAAGUCCCUCACAUUGGGAAUUCCGAUGCUGAAGAUAGUGUUUGCAGGCCAUGAGCAUCUCUCUUUAAUAUCCGUACCCUUGCUCAUCUACCACCCAGCUCAAAUCCUUCUGGGAAGUGUGUUGGUGCCAACAAUAAAGUCUUGGAUGGUGUCAAGGCAGAAGGGAGUGAAGUUGACAAGGCCAACAGUAUAACAAAGGAGGCGCGCUUUCUGUAGCAGUGUAUAUAUGUACAGGAGUUACGUACAAGUAAUGCUGAAGACUCGUACUUGUGAAUGUUGCUUCAAUGAAUAUUUUAUUUUUUUACACAAAAAUUUGAUGUACCUGUUUAAGUGCCUUAAAAUGUAUUUGACAAGAGCGUUAUUUCCAAAACAUACUUUUGUUAGUUGCUGCCAGGGGUAGUACAAUAUUUUGCAAUUAAUUAUUUUUUCUCCUGAUGUAGAAAACAGAGUAAGUGACAAAAAGCAAACAUGCUUUCUCUGCACCACCUUUUGUGCAAUACAACUCUAUAAUAGUUACUGUAAUGUUUGAAAUGAGGUCACACCAUCAGGAAAAUGCCCUUCUGAUGACAGCAAAAAUUUCCGAAGUCUUAUUCGUGCAUACUUUGAUUUACUGUGUGACUCUUUAUUCCUACAACUGUGCCUCUUUCUUAUCAACUCAGCAGGGGUCAUAGAUGGAAUAGAAGCUGAAAAGCAUAAGUUCCCCGCAUUCCUUGACAUCAUUUUUAAGGCAUUCCUUCAUGUAGUUUCCCAAUAGAAAUCGCGCAUUCCCAUUAUAAGAGAUUGUGAUGUUAUGUAGCUUAAAUUUAUUAUAAGCUGCUUCAAAGAAAGGGCCUGAUGUUUGAGUUAUGAGUCAAUCACAUGAAGUUUUGAGUUAAAUUAUAUAACUUGGUUUUCAGGGUCUUUAAAUUAUAUCUUAGUAUGAUUUUCUUCUUUCUUCUAUAAUUUUUUUUCUUUACCUGUUUCCCAACACACUUGCCUACUUAUACAGCCAAAUAUGAGACACAAAGAUGUUACAGUUUGAAGGCAGCAACAAUUAAUGAUGGAUUAUAUUCACAUUCCACUACUGAGACCAGAUUUUUUUCUCCUGUUACACACAUGUGCUGAGCACUUUCCAAAUUGCCCCUUUUAGCCAGAAGCAGCCUAUUACAUCCUCGAAUUAAGCAUACUCAAGGCAUUUGAGACAAUUUAUUAAUGAGAAUUUCCUUGGCAAAUUUGACAAAUGUUUGCAACAUUUUUGAAAAGUUAAAUCGUAUUGCUCUUCUGAAUAAAUAAAAAUAUAAAGGUCAUAGAUGCAAACAAAUGUUACAUAUACACAUUCUGUCUAGCCAGAUGGAAAGAAAAUGUGAAACCAUUCGUUAACCAAAAUAUCAAGUAAAAGUAGGUCCCAAUUGGCCAUCAGCUUUCAAAGGAGAAUCCUAAUUUGCUUUUACUGCAGCUGUAAGAACUUUAACUGGACCCAAAUAGAAAAUAAAGCGAUCUAUAGAACAAAGAGAACAUGUUUUCUGUGUUUCCUGCACACCACCCUGACAUAUCCUCUCUACACGUCCUCUCUUAAUUUACCAGACAAUAUUGUCAUCCUGGGUCUCACUGAGUCAGACAGUAUCCUCAGCAGCUGUUUUUGCCACGUUGUUGUUAGGCUCACAACAACAAAAAAAUCAUUCCUUAGGAACUUACCAUGUUAAUCAGAAGUGUAAGUUUGUAUUAUUGUUACUAUCGGGUCUCAUCUUUUGUCAAUGUCACUGGAGCUCAGAGAUUUCAUAAGAGUUAUUCUCAGUGUAAAUGUUCAAGCUAGUUCCGGACCCCACAAAAUGUGUGGUAAGCAGCUGUCGUAUAUACAGUUAUCAAAAAGUUCACUUUUGUGUAAAACUGCAGUAAUUUUGCUUGAUGGUUUUGAUGCUUGCUUAGGGAGCACUGAAGGGCAUUCGUGUUUUGUUUCUACAAGCUUCUUUGGAUUUUAGAGUCUGUCCAUCAUCUGUCUCUCUGAGCUAUCAUAAAAAUCCUUCUCUGAAGCAUUACAGUGCUGAUUCUCCCCAACUUAUCUACCUCUAUUGUCUGACACCUAUAGUAGGUGUGAUUAUGGGAUAAGGUUAAACUGAAAAUGCUAUGAUAACAUUUUCUCUUUUGCUUUAAAAAAUGUUUUGUUUUCAAAUAAUCUUUACAUAGUGAACUUUGGUGGCUUUAGUGAUGAUAUGUUUAUGCCUAUUUCUUUUUUUACACAAAUGCUGUGGCAUAUUUUUUCAUAAGGAACAAAAAAUAAAAUCAAAAUUUAUUUUUAAUUCAUGCUUAUUGGGAUUUAAUUAUUCAGAGUUUCAAAUAUUUUGUUACGUUUAUACACUGUUAAACUGUUUUAUGCGUUUGUUUUAUCUAAAUGUAUUUAUGAAAGAAAUACAUUAGCUCACAUGUAUGUUUACUCCAUUUUCCACCUGGAUUUUUUUUAAUCGUUGUUAUGAAAUUGGAUUUUUUUAAUGGAUAAUAAUGUGGAUUUCUUCAUGUGUUUUUUCUAGAUUUAAAAUUUUUUUUCUAAUUUUUUUUUAACUUCUUCCCUACUCUGUUUAAAACUAACACACCUCUGGCUAAUGUUCAUUGUUUAUGCUAAAUACCAAAUUUUUUUUCAAAAAGAUUGGUUAAGUAAUGAAAAGGAUUAUUUAUGAUGAAUGGAAGAUGAAAAUAAUUCUAUAAUUAAAGAUGUUUCAGAAA